AUGCGCGGGGUGGGAGCCGGGGUGCAGCGGGGGACACUGGGGACAGCAGCGGGGUGGCAGCUGAACACCACUGUCGCGCCCCUCUUCUUCGCAGACCAGUUCCUGCAGAUCUCCACCUCCCUGCCCUCCCGUUUCAUUUCUGGGCUGGGGGAGCACCUGACACCACUGGUCCUUGACACGGCGUGGACCAGGGUCACCCUCUGGAACCGGGAUAUGGCGCCCGUGGUAUGGAGCGGGGCUGAAGGGAAGGGAGACGGCUCAUCUGCGCUGGCGGGGGCGACCCACGGCCUCUUAUCUUGUUCCUCUGGUGCUCGUCCCUCCCCAGACGUGCUCCUGCAGCCCAGCCCAGCCCUGACCUGGCGCACGACGGGCGGGAUCCUGGACUUCUACAUCUUCCUGGGCCCCGACCCCAAGAGCGUGGUGCGGCAGUACCUGGAUGUUGUUGGUAGGUCUCAGGUGCUCCCUGGGAGCCUCUGGCUGAAAGCGGCCAUGGGGGGGCUGAUGGGGAGCCCCUGUGGGGCAGGGUCCCACGGCGGCGUGUGGGGGGACCCGCUCCUCCCUGAGCACCGGUACUGCCAUACGCAGGACGUGCAGUGGAACGACCUGGAUUACGCGGAUGCCAAGAGGGAUUUCACCUUCAACAAGAAAAGCUUUAGGGACUACCCGGAGAUGGUGCAGGACUUCCACCGCCGUGGCCUGAGGUACAUCAUGAUCGUGGUGAGUGACACCCCCGGCCGUGCCGGGGCUCCUGCAGGGGUGGGCUGGCACCGGGGGGGUGGCCGGCGGGGGCUGUGGGGCGCAGUGGUUCUUUGUGGGGCUUUCCCCAUCCCUUCCUCCCUCCCGCAGGUCUGGCCGGGCCCGACGGUGUUCCCAGACUUCACCAACCCAGAGACUCACGAGUGGUGGUACGACAUGGUGAAGGACUUCCACGACCAAGUGCCCUUCGAUGGCAUGUGGAUUCCACAGGAGCCGUAUGCCUUCAGCCCCGCUGCCCAGGCUGCCAUGAGGAAUGCCCUCCGCCUCCGCUACUCCCUCCUGCCCUUCCUCUACACCCUCUUCCACCGGGCUCACUCCGCCGGGGAGACGGUGGCGCGGCCCCUCUUCCUCGAGUUCCCCAAGGACCCCAACACCUGGGCCGUGGACCGCCAGCUCAUGUGGGGCGGGGGGCUGCUCGUCACACCCGUGCUGGAGGCAGGACAGACCAAAGUCAGCGGCUACUUCCCGGCGGGGACGUGGUACAGCCUCGCGGGGGACUCCACCAUCCACAGCAAAGGGCAGUGGAUCCUCUUGCCGGCUCCCCUGGACACCAUUAACGUCCAUGUCCGCGCAGGGCACAUCCUGCCCCUGCAGGAGCCUGCCUUCAGCACUGCCGAGUCCCGCAACAAGGGGAUGGCCCUGGUCGUGGCGCUGACGCCGGACGGCUUCGCCAGGGGAGACCUGUUCUGGGACGACGGGGAGAGCUGGCAGACCUUUGAGAAGGGGGACUACACCGAGAUCCUCUUCCUGGCCACGAACGGCGCCGUGCUCAGCCAGCUCCUGCGGGCAAGCGCCCACCUCGACGGGGUCCUGCUGGAGGCCGGAAGGGGCAGACGCCCCCCAUCACCCCUGGACCUGCGCACCUCGGGGACUCUGGGCACUCUGUAUAAUACGUUUUGUUAA